UUGUGUGAUGAUCUUAUCAGUGCAGGACAGUUUUUAAAUUGGAAAUUCUAUUUCUCUUUUCUGAGCACUCUUGACACAAAAUCAGCUUCCUCAAAGCAUUUAUUUUGAUUAUUAUUGGCAAUGGUAACCAGUAACAUCCCCGAAAGCCGGCUACUGAUUUGUGUACAUGCGUUAAAAGAGAGAAUAAAAGUUUCGUCACUGUAAUCAAUAAAGAAAACAUUAAGGACUGAUAAGAAAUGAAAGCAUAGUGCCAGGCAACAGCUGCUGAAUUAGUCUUGUUGAGAUCGUCAUUAAGUGCGGUUCGCAUCUCGCGUUUUUACAGCUAUUAUCAGUUAUCAGUCUCAUUCCGAUUUCCACUUGUGCUGUGCAAAGAUCCACUGCCCGUUGGAGAAUGUAAUCUAAUCUUUGGCCUGCGAACGUCGCUCACCACAGCCCUUAUCACUCGAAUCGAAUCCCGCAAAGUACCGCCACGACACGACGCAGAGAAAAGCACCAGCAAUCUGAGAGAAAACUGCUUUCAUUCACGCUAUCCUCUUAGUGCGGCGCCAGUUUAUCGUUAUCUAUACUGUCCUAAAAGUCAUACUUUUAUGAACGGAGAUCUCCGAUGUUCCAGGCAAUUCAUCUCGGACGAACUGUUGCAGGCUGUAGCAAUGUACUCCAAAGUAUUAUAAUGUCGCGCCCGUUCGGUACGAACCCGGAAGCGAAGCUGCGACGAGUGUUGGUAGUAUCGAAACUUACCCGAUUGGAGUUCGAAAAGACACGUGAUCAAGCUCUUAGCGAUGAGAAACUGGAGCUCAAAAUCCGUGGUCGUGGUUCUGACUAUGAUGCUAUGAAAUAUUACCAUCAUCUGCAUAAGGAUGUGGAAGAGGAUGUUGUUCAGUCUUUCCGAAACAAAGGCGUAGAAGUGAAGAUAGUCAACCGUCUGACUAUCAACAAAGAUGUCCUGAGGUGGGCUGAUAUGUUAGUUCCCAUUGGAGGUGACGGAACUUUCCUACUUGCGGCGGGACGUGCAAGUCAUUUCAUUCUAGAUAAGGACAAAAAGGUUCCGGUAGUAGGGUUUAACUCGGACCCUCGACGAUCUGAAGGACGAUUGAUGCUGCCUAAAUAUUACUCGACAAAUGUAAACGAAGCAGUCACACGUAUAUUAGAGGGAAACUUCAAUUGGAUGCAGCGAUCACGGAUAAGGAUAACGUUAAUUGGUAAUAAUACCACUGAACGACCAAUGCCAAUCGACUUGCAUGAAUAUAACGUAUCGCCGGUCGAUCAUGAAGAUAUUUUCCCAUUUGAAGAAUCUGAGUACAAAAGUAGUAACCGUAUUCUCCCACACUUAGCAUUAAAUGAGGUAUUCAUUGGAGAAAUGCUUUCGGCUCGUGUUUCCCACCUGCAUCUGCGAAUUGACAAUUCCGACGUGAUCACGAAAACCAAAAGCUCGGGCUUGUGCGUCAGUACUGGAACGGGAUCGACAUCGUGGCUCACCAGUAUGAAUCGACUGUCGACCAGCAAUGUGCGGGAUCUGAUCGAAAUCAUCAAGCAGUGCUCCAAUUCGGACGCUCUAAACGGUAUUGAUCCAGAAAUGGUUUCCGACGAGUACAAUCGAAAUUUGGUCUUCCUAACUGACGAUCCCCGGCUGUGCUAUUCGAUUCGAGAGCAAAUCUGCGUCGGAGUGUGGCCCAACCCGAAGGGACUCGAAUCGAGGGGUUUCGCAAAACAGAUUACGGUGAAGUCCAGAUGUAUUGAUGCAAGCUUAGUGAUAGACGGAAGUAUUGCGUACAACUUUAACGAUGGAGCACAGGCUCUGCUAGAGGUUCACCCAGAGGAUGCACUAUUGACGAUAGUUAUGAACUGAGGACCGACGAUUAUUGGGUUGCUUCUUUCAUAUAAAAUUAUAAUAGGUAGAUAUGUAAAAAGUGGAAAGUUAGCAUCGAACAAUUUGAUUAUCACAGAAAUCACAAAAACGGCUGCUUCAGCAACAAAUGGACGCUUCGUACAUAAAAAAAAGAAUGUGUACUAAAUUAAAUUAAGUUAUUGUUAGCUGUUUUUACAAACAAAAAA